AUGACAGGCGAUGGCGACGGCCGUCCUAGGGUGCCAGCAAUCCCGUCGUGGCAGCAGAACUUUAUCGCCUCACAAUCCAAAGCAUCUGAAUCGGUACCUGAUCCCAAGGAUGCAUCGGAGGAACCGCAGCCCGAUGCGUUAGAAGAGGCUCGGCUCUUUCUGCAGGAGGAUGAAAUUAAGACUGCGCCGCGCGAGCAGAAGCAAGGUCUACUGGAAAAGAAAGGGUUGCAGGCGGAUGAUAUACAACGGCUGCUCGACGCUGAGCAGCAGACAGCAGACAAUGGCCAGACAGAAUCCGGGUUGAAGACUAUAUUCGACAGCAACACCGUGAGCACGACAGGGUCGACUCAGAAGCCUCUGAUAUCACCUCCACCGCCUGUUGCGCCUGGUCCACCUCCAGAAACAGCAUCAUCUGCUGCUAGUGUUACGCCGAAGCAAGACCUGCCACCGAUAAUAACAUAUCCAGAGUUCCUUCUGAAACCACAGAAGCCUCCUCCACUGGUGACAGUAGACCGUCUACUGAAUGCCGGUUACAUUCUCGCCGGCAUUUCCGCCCUGACAUGGGGUGCGUCCAAAUAUCUGGUUGCGCCCAUGCUCGAAUCUCUCACCUCCGCCCGUCAUCACCUGCAGUCUACGACUCUCGAUUCACUUGAGAAGCUCAACACCAAACUGGAGUCAACCGUAUCACACGUUCCUUAUAUUCCGCCGCUCUCCCACAAGCAACAUAUCAACGAUAACGACGAUGCACACUCAGCUGCCUCAUCCGACUCAGACCCGACAGAGCUUUUCCACCGAGACAUUGCUACUCAAACGUCGCCACCAUCAAACUCCCGCCGUAGUUCUGUCUCCUUCACAAACAACACACUGGGCAACGUGACAAUCACACAGUCCACACAGCUCCGCAAUUUACACUCGUCCCUGUCAUCGCUCCUCUCAUCAACACAAUCAACCUUCGCCAGCUCAGCCCUUUCAGACUCUGUUGGCGAGCUACAGGAGGUUAUCGAUAAAAUCGAGAGCAACUCACAGCCUCUCUAUACCAGCUACGACUGGCGGUCGACAACGAAUAACGCAACGAGGCAAGCGUGGGAUAACACUGGAAGCACCAGGCACAAGCCGAUCGAGGCCCAAUCAGAAGCCGCGAAAGUCAAAGCAGCAAUCAGAUCGCUCAAGGGAGCUCUACUCAGUAGUCACAACUUCAUGAGUCCACGCGAAUUCGUCGCACCAGUGGCUGCUGGCAGCGGCAGCACGAGGAUACCUCAGCAGCGACAAGCCCAACUCACCUAUCAACUAUCAACCAUAUCGGAAUAUUCAGUCUGGCUUGAGCGUGCAUAUUCACCAACGAGGCCAUUCCGUAUGCCAGAAUGGGACGAUAUCAUUGCCCCUCGCACACGCUGGAUCCCCUGGCUUAACGAUUUCAUGGCGGAGGUUGCCGCGAUACCGCUGCCUGGUGGUCUCCUGGGGAUACGCAUGCUCAGGGACUUGAUCUUGUCCAAAUCUCAGGUGCAUGAUGUUCCGGCCUCGGAAGUGUGGUGGGAGCUGGCCCUGGCCGAAGUCGAUGUGCCUUACGCACGAUACCAAACGAGAACAUGGGAUGAGCCAGCCAGCCCCAAGUUCUUCUACGCUGAUCCAGGCACUAAGGUCAGGCUCAUGACGAACAUACGAGUGCGGAUGUGA